AAGGAGCAGAAGGUGAAACAGGAGGAACAGAAGCGAACUCGACGCGAAGGUAGAACACGCGUGUACCGUGCACUUGGUGUACCGUGUACCGUGUAUAUCCACACAUAAGGGGAGAGAGAGAGAGAGAGAGAGAGGGAGAGAGAAAGAACAGAGACAGGAAAAAAGAAAGACAGAGAAACAGAUACAGAAAGAAGGAGAAAGACAGGAAAAAACAACGAGCACGACUGUCGAAGCCUCGCACUCGAGAAGUCUUCGCGAGUCCGGCGAACCGACACACACCGCUCACCAAUUCCAAAGUCCGCCGGUAGGCUCAGUUGUCUCCGAACCCUCGAACUGUUCGGAUGUAGAUACUUUGUAAACAUCAUUUACGUUUCUUCUGCACUUUCGAAACUCGUUGGUUUCGCCGUUGCUCGUUGCUACACGCCCGUCGCUUUUGAAAUUGACUUUGCUCAUUCGUUUUUCGCGGUCUCGUGCGGUGGAGUUCGAUCUUGGAAGAACCAACCAAAAGAUAAACAAAUAAACAAAUAGAAAAAGAAAGAGAAGAAAAAGAAAUUCAAACACGACAACGCGUCUUUCUUCACGGAAGGAAACACAUAGACGGAGGGAAAAGUGUCUGCCCGUAGCCAAGAAACAUUCAUAUCUCGAGAAUCGUUACUCCUUUCUUUCUUUUCUCCCGUUUCGAUUUUCCCGUUCGGUUCAAACACGUCCGAUCGCGUGCAGCCGAUUAGAGAAACGUGGAAAGGAGGAAGAGCGCUGGAGCGGCGAAGAAAUCGGAAGAAACUCGAGAAGGAGGGAAGAAAAUCUCGCGAACGGACCAACGAUUCAACACCGUUAACACGUAGCAAACACGUAGAAUGGUAAUCUCACAACACGACGGUACCAGAAGUGUGGGUGGCGGUGGCGGCGGAGACGGUGGAGGCGGCGGCGGCGGCGGCGGCGAUGAGACCGUGUACACGGUGACCGUGAGUGGUGUCGGUUACAGGAACGAGGGUUACAAGGACGAUGGUACCGAUGGCAUACCUCCUGAGCCACAGAAACCACCGCAAUUAUCGUCCACCGACGACGACACCCAAUCCAGAAAGUUCAAGCUCUCCCGCGGCGAGAAAUGGCGUAUCUUAAAGAACAUUGGCAUUGUAUCCGUCGCUUUUAUGGUGCAGUUCACCGCGUUUCAAGGCACAGCGAAUCUACAGUCGUCUAUCAAUGCCAGUGACGGUUUAGGCACCGUGUCUCUGUCAGCGAUUUACGCGGCUUCGGUGCUGUCGUGCAUCUUCGUGCCGACCUUCCUUAUCAAAAGGCUCACCGUGAAAUGGACGUUAUGUUUGUCGAUGCUGUGUUACGCACCGUACAUCGGCUCCCAGUUCUAUCCGAAAUUUUAUACACUGGUACCGGCUGGCGUGCUCCUUGGCCUGGGCGCCGCACCCAUGUGGGCAGCCCAAGCCACCUACCUUACGCAAGUCGGUGGCGUCUACGCGAAACUCACCGAUCAGCCGGUUGACGCCAUCGUCGUCAGGUUCUUCGGCUUCUUUUUUCUUGCCUGGCAGACUGCUGAACUCUGGGGAAACCUCAUCUCGUCGCUUGUGCUCAGCGGGGGAGAGUUCGGCAGUGGUGGCGGCAACAGUACCACAAACUGGGACAAAAUCAAGCUCUGCGGCGCCGAUUUCUGUGUCCUUGGUAACGGAGGCCACGAGACCCUCGACCGACCUCCGGAAUCCGAGAUUUACGAAAUUUCUGCGAUUUAUCUAACCUGCGUCGUUAUUGCUGUGAUCAUCGUUGCACUGUUCAUCGAUCCUCUCUCGAGGUGA